GCCCCAAAUCAAUGCAGGAUAAUCUUCAUCCAACGGUUCGAUUACACUCACGAAUCACGAGCAGCAGCCCCAUGAGUCCAUGAGAAAAUGAUAAAUCACAAGUAUAAGAAAAAUUCGUGGGGAGACGACGACUCACAGAGAGUCCCAGAAGAAGAAACUAAAGAGAGGUUAAAAAAGAUGGCGAUAGGGAUGAAGGCGAUGCCGUUUUCUUUUGUGGCUCACUUUUUGGCCGUAGUAGGUGCAAUUUUGGUGCUUAUUUGGUGUAUCAGCUUCAGGGGAGGUUUAGCAUGGGAAGCCCCAAAUAAAAAUCUCAUCUUUAAUAUUCAUCCUGUCUUAAUGCUUAUAGGAUUUGUCAUCAUUGGAGGUGAAGCCAUUAUGAGUUACAAAUGCCUCCCAUUGAAGAAGCCGGAGAAGAAACUAAUACAUCUAGUUUUGCAUGCUAUUGCUCUCAUACUCGGCAUAAUUGGAAUUUACACAGCAUUCAAGUUUCACAACGAAAGCAAUAUUGCCAAUUUAUACAGUUUGCACUCUUGGCUUGGAAUUGGUGUUAUUAUUCUCUAUGGCAUUCAGUGGAUUUAUGGUUUCCUCAUUUUCUUCUACCCCGGGGGUGCAACUACAAUUAGAAGCCAGUCACUCCCAUGGCACGUUCUGUUUGGCCUUUUUGUGUACAUUUUAGCAGUUGGCACUGCUACACUAGGAUACCUCGAAAAGCUAACAUUCCUCCAGAACUCUGGUGUUGCAAAAUAUGGCUCGGAGGCCUUCCUAGUCAAUUUCACAGCCAUUGUCACCAUCUUGUUUGGGGUAUUCGUGUUCUUGACAAUUCUUUCUCAGCCUCCUCAAGAAGAUGAAUACGGUUACUCAGCUAUAUAAUGUCAUCUACAGCUGCUUUGUUUUUGGUUUUUGCUUUUCUUUUCUUUACCCUAUUUGCACUUGGUUCGAAGUUCUUGUGUACUAGAAGGGUGUAAGAUCUCUCACUGUGAGUACAUAUGUAUUUCGAUACAUAGAAGUUGUAUUACUUCUAAUUAUUCUGCUCAUCUACAGCUGCUUUGUUUUUGUUUUUGUUUUUGCUUUUCUUUUCUUUACCCAAUUUGCACUUGGUUCGAAGUUCAUGUGUACUAGAAGGGUGUAAGAUCUCUGGCUGUGAGUACAUAUGUAUUUCGAUACAUAGAAGUUGUAUUACUUCUAAUUAUUCUGCAAUUACUUUCUCA